GGCUGGGCGUAUACACUUUUACACUCGACCAUCCCAUGGCCGCGCCGAAUGCCCAGAUACGUCCUUACAAACUCAAAGAUGAGAAGGUGGUCAAGUUUGCCAUUGGAAAGGCACUGAUGGAAGGGUUAGCAGUUGCGAACCGACGAGCUGUUUUCCACCCCUUCACGCUGAGUAUAUGGGUUGCGCUGUCAUGUAUUAUGGUCGAGUACUUGGGCUGGUGGCCGAAUCUCGAGCACGGUUUCUUGCGAUUUUUUUCUCCCAUGCCUGCUUUUGCGUGCUGGGCGGUCCUAAUCCUGGCUUUGAUUGACUGGAUCAACCGCCCGUACUUCGAGGAUGCUGCGUCCGACGCUCUCCAUAGGCUAGAUGUUGGGAACAUCGAAGAAUAUUACGCCCGUUCACCCUCUUCAGGGUUUUUCGUUUUGGAGUAUGACAGCUCUAUUAUUGGACUCAUAGCAAUCGAUGCAUCGGAGGACUCUCAAUCGAUCCAGGGUUUCGAAGAAAGCAACAAGGUGAAGGAAGAAAAAAGGGGCACCUCGUCGGUGGCUAUGAUCCGGCAUUUCUACGUUGACGAACUCUUCCGGAAGGCUGACGUGCAGGACGAUCUGGUCGCGUUCGCAGUCAGGUGUGCUUUCGGCGCGUCAGGAGAAGUGAAGGAGAUCAGAGUAGCGACAUCGUCUCUGCUUGGUUACGUGCAAAAGUCACUUAGUAAAUUCAGGUUUAAAAUGGAUGGAAUGACGAGGAUGAAUCUGAGUGUGUACGGUUGGACGACGGGGAUGAUGAACUUGAAGAGAGCCGAUUGGGAAAAGGAGAAGUCGGUGUUUACUUAG